AUGCCCGCCUGCCGAGGGAGUGGCGUCAGUCACCCGGAGCGGCUGCUCGGGUUCCAGGCGAGGGGGCAGAAGUGGCGAGGCUACAGGCAGCGGGUCGCGCGACGUUCUGCAGAUCGCCGGACGGAGGCUGCGAGCCGGAUACAGGAGAUAGCCAGUGAAGAGGGCGCGCUCAUCGCGUCGGCCCCCGAUGCCAGCAGCAGUGAGAGGCUGUCGCCGCCUCCCGCGUGGCAACGCCGGCAUCACGCGCUGGAGCUGGAACUGGAGCUACCUGAGGUGGCGGCGGCGCCGCUGCUACUGUGGGACGAGCCGGCGCCGUCACUCCAGCCGAGCCCCACCGAGACCGAGCAGAGGCCGAAGCCCCAGAGGAAAACGAUGCCCCGUCUAAGGAGGCAAGGAGAAGGAGGCAAGGAGAAGGAGGCAAGGAGAAGGAGGCAAGGAGAAGGAGGCAAGGAGAAGGAGGCAAGGAGAAGGAGGCAAGGAGAAGGAGGCAAGGAGAAGGAGGCAAGGAGAAGGAGGCAAGGAGAAGGAGGCAAGGAGAAGGAGGCAAGGAGAAGGAGGCAAGGAGAAGGAGGCAAGGAGAAGAAGGCAAGGAGAAGAAGGCAAGGAGAAGAAGGCAAGGAGAAGAAGGCAAGGAGAAGAAGGCAAGGAGAAGAAGGCAAGGAGAAGAAGGCAAGGAGAAGAAGGCAAGGAGAAGAAGGCAAGGAGAAGAAGGCAAGGAGAAGAAGGCAAGGAGAAGAAGGCAAGGAGAAGAAGGCAAGGAGAAGAAGGCAAGGAGAAGAAGGCAAGGAGAAGAAGGCAAGGAGAAGAAGGCAAGGAGAAGAAGGCAAGGAGAAGAAGGCAAGGAGAAGAAGGCAAGGAGAAGAAGGCAAGGAGAAGAAGGCAAGGAGAAGAAGGCAAGGAGAAGAAGGCAAGGAGAAGAAGGCAAGGAGAAGAAGGCAAGGAGAAGAAGGCAAGGAGAAGAAGGCAAGGAGAAGAAGGCAAGGAGAAGAAGGCAAGGAGAAGAAGGCAAGGAGAAGAAGGCAAGGAGAAGAAGGCAAGGAGAAGAAGGCAAGGAGAAGAAGGCAAGGAGAAGAAGGCAAGGAGAAGAAGGCAAGGAGAAGAAGGCAAGGAGAAGAAGGCAAGGAGAAGAAGGCAAGGAGAAGAAGGCAAGGAGAAGAAGGCAAGGAGAAGAAGGCAAUGAGAAGAAGGCAAUGA